UAAAGAAACCUGGUACAUCCAAAUUUCAAUGGCAACAUGUAUACAGUGGAGCUAGGUUUUAGAAUGGUUACUCUUUAUCUUGUGACAUAAUUAUACUCAAUAUAAUAGUAAUAAUAACAAUAAUAACAAUAAAUACUAAUGGAUAUUUAGAGGCGCUAAAAACAGAAGUACCAUAGCGCGUACAAUGUUUGAAUAAUAAUUCAACAUUUGCAAUAAUUACCACAAUCAGUCAUUCGAGAUAAAAAGGGAGUGGGAAGAUUUGAAGCCAAGAAUAUUGGAAGCGUUUCUUAUUGGAAGAGGGAUUGCAUUCCAGGUCUUGGCAACUGCUAUAUAGCAAAACGUUUUUUCGGCAGAGGAGAGUUUGUGUCAGUGAUUGAACAAAGAUUACGAGAGGGGCUCGCAAGUGCGACGAUGACUCAGAUGUUAGGGACAUAAUGGAAGAGUUUAUUGAGUGCAACCUGCAUCCGAGUCCGCAUGAGGAUCGGUUUGCGUGUUGGAGAAACACCACCGUAUGCGUUUGUCUCAUCACCAAGACCAAGCCCACAGAUGGUGAUGAUCUAAUCCUCGUAGAAAGGAACGAGCCGGGUGGGUUGCACGCAGAGGAAAUUCUGCUCAAACGCAUCAAGGAAAACGGAUACCCAGGUGAUGCAAAGAUUAAACUGUUCUUAAGCUAUUCGCCUUGUAAUGACGAAGGCCAUAAAUGCAGCACUCUACUCAAGGAACUGCACUGUUUAUUCAAACAAGCAACGAUUAAAUUUAGUGGAUUCUAUUACAUAAAAAGACCAUCAUGUAUUUCGUAUGGUAAAUGUUAUUGCAAAACAACAAACGCCGACUCAUUUCCCAAACUUCUCGAGUUGGGCGCGUCACCUAUAGAAAAGAAAGACUGGGACGAGCUGAUAUGGAUGCUGACCGAGUGCGACAAACAGAUGCAGGGAAAGGAUGAGACGCAUACCUUUUCAGCCCUGAACACCAUUCGUAGUGGAGAAUGGUACGGAGAGUGGCGUGACUGGGAGGAUAAACGGAUGAUGGAGGAUUACAAUAAAAUGCGCGAUGAUGAGCUACAGUCAGGGAUACCUCGUCGCCGUGAUGUUCCACCUCCUGGACAGCCUCCUCGUCAACCACCUCUUCAGGAAAAAGGAGAGACUGCUGCAGAUAUGUUAGCUGGGAAAUUAGAUUCAGUGCAUGUAGGAAAUUGAUAUUUAUAUUGUGCUAUUUGCACAUAAUAGCAGAGGAGAGACUGCUACAUGUAGUAGCUGUUAAUACCUUAUCUAAAUUAAUGGAAAAUUUAGGAAAAACUUGGCACACAGGUUCAAAAUAACAUUCUUAACAUUUUCA